GGCGCAAACGUCCAGACCCCAAACUGCUCCAGUGCCUCUCAUGGCUGCAAGACUUCUUUGCCCCUUGCCACGGCCUUGCCACGGCCUGACAGCGCUCGGCGGUUGGCGUGGAUUGGCUGUGGCAAAGAGAAAGGAGCAAGGUCCAACGCCUCAAGAGUUGUAUCAGGAGCUCAAGCUGCAAUUCGGGCAUGUGGGCGAAGCUUGGUGCAAGCACCCGAAGCGCUUGAUCUGUGGCGUUCGCUUGCUUUCGUUCUAUGUCGUGAACCACAAGGAGAUCGGCGUGUGGAACCUCUUCGAGAUCCUCCGUGGGGUGCGAAACAAGUUCGAUCUAGGCAUUGCCUUGCAAACCAUGAAUCUCUUCUACAACUUCGGUGUAAAGCUGAAGCACCGUGAACUGAGCACGCGCUUCCUGGCCGCCACUAUGCGCGCAAAGCAGGAGUCGGAAGCCUUGGAGCUGGUGAAGCUCUAUGGCGCCUGGUUGCAACAUCCUCCGGACGCGGCGGUCGUCUAUGCGGUGAUGUCCAAGUUUGUGGACGAUCGCAACAGCACGGCGGUGCGGGAUUUAGCGAAGAUGCUGCGCGAAGAUUGGCGAUGGCGCUUGGGCGCGCCGUUGUAUUCUCUGGCGAUUCAAGCCAUGCUCUUUGAAGAGGACGGCCUGCCUGCAGCUCUCCUUUUGCACCAGGACGCUGUGAAGAUGGGAGUCCGAUUGGAGCCCAAGGUGCACCUGCAGCUCUUGGACGCCUGCCUUUUGGCCUACGAGCGCAGCUCGGGCAGCCGCUCGAGCAGCUCCGCCGAGAGCAGCUCGAGCGACGCGGCCGGUGCCACGGCUCUUGGAGACGAGAAGUCUGAGGCCCUGCCUCAUCUCCUCCACGCUGUGGCCAUCGCCGACGCCCUCCGCGGCGACGGCCACGGCGCGGCCGGGUCCAGUGCGGCGGUGCUGUGCUCGUUGGCCUGGCUGCGGUACCACGUGGUGCAACUGCCGGAGGAGGCCAGAACCCAGUUGCAAAGCCACUUUGAUGCUUGGAGCAGUGCUUCCCUGGACUUGCAGUGGUCCACUUUGCUGGAAGCCGCCUGUGGCAGCUUUGGCAGCCAGGCCGGCUUCUCCUCCCAGCUGCCUGCUGGCCUCUUCCGUCGCCUUGAGGCCCUUUCGGCCGUUGGCAACGGCGUUUCCGCCGACGAAGCGCGGCGCCUGGUGCGGUUGAGCCGACAAAGCUUCGGACGCUUUUACCCGGCACCGGCUGUUCAAGCGGCUGAAGUUGAUGUGUGACGCGUCGACCGGCGCAGUGAUUUGUGGAUUGCGUG